UAAAUAUUUAUGCUUCCAAACAUUGAAGAAAGAGAAAUUUUGAAUUUAUAAUUGGGAACAGUUUUGCUAAAAUUUUUAAAAUAUUUAAUGUUUGCCAAACACAUUAUAAAGUGAAGUACAGCAGAAUGGAAAGGGGAACAAUCUUGAUAUUAGUUGGUUGUCUGCAGAUUUUGCAUUGUCUGAUUUUGGUAAGCAGUGAAAAUGUCGGCAUAGCAACGUCAUCAGUGCAAAAUGCAUUGCCAAAUAAUACGACAAAAAAUAACACAGAGUCUUUGUCACAAUUAUUAAAUACAACGGGAAGCAAUGCCAAUGUGAAUAAGAGUCGCAAUAUAUCACCAACUGGAACGGAAAUCAACACGAAAAGUGCAAAUAUACCGAUUGAUCGAAAUAACAAUAAGACGGAGGCGUUAGGAAUAAACGGUGUGGCUACUAAAAAUUCGCAAAACAAAAAAGAUAGCCCCCAAAAUUCUACCACUAACCUUGGUGUAAUAACAGUGAAUGCAACAAAUGUAAGAAGCCUAAAGGACAAGUUAAAAACAACAAUUUUAAAACCGGGGAUCCAAAACGAAAAUAACUUGCAAGCAUCAAAUAAAACAACGGAAAUAAAAUAUAUUACGAAACCAACACCAACUACCGUAUCAACCAAAGGAAAAACCGUAUCCAGUAAUACAACUACCACUACUACAACCACCAAAACCACCACCACAACGACAACCACACCCAAGCCAAAGAAACCAAGUAUCACUUUUGGACUUGGUGAUUUCCCAAUUUUGCCAGGAGAGUCGAACGUUAUAAAUGCGAUGGUAGCAUCUAACUCAAAACUGCCAGUGGCUAACGACCCCGUCGUGCCACCGAAUGUGCAACCGUCACAAGAGUUAAACAAUGGGUUCAACUAUUAUAGCAGCCGAGAUUACAUAGUACCCAUAAUGACAGUUCUCUUCACAAUACCCUUGGCAAUUGGAGUUGUUAUUACCACUUAUCGCCGUUUCCGUGAUUGCUGGUCUACGCGACAUUAUCGCCGAAUGGAUUUCUUGGUUGAUGGCAUGUACAAUGAUUGACAUAUGUAUACUAAAGAUAUAUCCGAUAUCACCAUCGGAAAAUAUAAAGCAGAGACAGAUAAUGAUAAUGCUGUAGAAAUUGCACAGCAAUUAUUGCCACAAAACACAGUAACAAUAUCUUAAUACAUAGUAGUUGUGACAUAAGAGAGUGAGAUUCGAUAAAUAGUAAUUAAAAGCAAAACUAUUAGUUUUUACAAACAUUUUUAAAAUCUACAUUUGUUUAUAAUCGAAAUUCGCAUGUAGUUUGCGAAUACUUUGUAAUUUGAAAGCUAAACGAACUAUGAACUUGCAAAUAUUUACGGGCAUUCAUAAAAUUUACUGUAUUUAGUAAAAUCUUCUGUUGAAAAAUAUGUCUUUGUACUUCCGAAAACGUUUGAACUACUGUCAUUUUGUAAAAUAUUUUAUUUGAUUAAAAAAAAUACGUUAAAACUAAUCCAAACGAUAUAUACAAUUGUAGCAUUUUAAGAUAAGCAUUUUUAGUUAUCAUCUGUGGCAACAAUUGGCGUUCGUUGAUUGAAAAACAAAUGUUUUUUAAUUAAUCAAAAUUUAAGCCAAAUUCCUU